GAAUAAACACAUGGGAAUCAUGCAAACAGGGGUCUACUAAAAGCUUAUCUGUGGAUUGGACAAACACAAAAGAAACGAACUGUAGUGUACUGGAGUGGAUUGUAUUCAAAAGGGCUUGAUUAUUGACGCUUCAUUUGAAAGAACUCUGACCUUUUGCGAAUCAAGAAGCUCUGGAUGGAUAAAUUUGAGCACAAAUUCGUAGAAGUCAAAGGCGGAUUGAAAAUCCACGUAGCGGAGAUCGGAACUGGGUCGAAUGUCGUGGUUUUUCUGCACGGUUUUCCGGAGAUUUGGUACUCAUGGCGCCAUCAGAUGAUUGCUGUGGCUAACGCCGGAUUCCGAGCAAUUGGUCUCGAUUACAGAGGAUACGGACUCUCCGAUCCUCCAGCCGACCCCUCCAAGGCUACUUACAGCGAUCUCAUCACCGACCUCCUUGAAGUUCUUGACUCUCUCGAUAUCUCCAAGGUGUUUCUUGUGGGGAAAGAUUUUGGAGCAAUGCCAGCUUAUUACUUUGCUCUCAAACACCCAGAGAGGGCAUUAGGAGUUGUGACAUUGGGAGUGCCCUUCAUGCCUCCUGCAAGACCUAUCAACUUUAUAGACCACCUCCCUGAAGGCUUCUACAUAUCAAGAUGGCAGAAACCUGGGCGAGCCGAGGCCGAUUUUAGUCGUUUUGAUGCAAAAACAGUUGUUAGAAACGUCUACAUACUUUUCUCUAGAAGUGAAAUCCCAAUAGCUCAAGAAAAUCAGGAGAUAAUGGACUUGGUGGAUUCAUCUACUCCUCUGCCUCCUUGGUUUACUGAGGAAGAUCUUGCAGCUUAUGGAGAGCUCUAUGAGAAGUCUGGAUUUCAAACUGCAUUAAAAGUUCCUUACAGGUCACUGGGUGAAGAUUGGGGAGUGAAAGAUCCAAAAGUGGAAAUUCCAGCUCUUCUUGUAAUGGGUGAAAAAGAUUAUGUUCUCAAAUUUCCAGGAAUAGAGGAGUAUGUAAGAAGUGAAAUGGUGAAGUAUUAUGUUCCAAAAUUGGAGGUCAUCUUUCUACCAGAAGGAUCUCACUUUGUUCAAGAGCAAUCCCCUGAAGAAAUUAAUCAGUUGCUACUGAAUUUUCUUGCCAAGCAUACAUGAUUAGAAUAUCCCAACACAGAGGUUAAAUCUAAAUAAAGCCUUGUACUAUUAUGUACUUCUGUUGGUUUUCCAAUAUGUGUGGUUGUACUUCGUCUUGUCUUUGUGAGGGAAUCGCGCUUACUUUUAAAUUAACAAUAACUAUUUGUGAGACUGUGCUAAAUUUGAAGUAAAGAAAUAGCAAAUUAUUAGUAUCUCAUCGUCAUUUCAAUACAAUUGUUGUAAGAAAAAGUCGUGUAGUUACGAUCUUUUAUUCUA